GUCACAAAAGCUUGGAUACACAAGGAGGAUAAGAAGGAUUUUGGACCUUAAUUUGAGUGAGGGUCUCUCAUUUCAACAAAUAUCACUGGUUAUAUUCUCUAUAAUUAUUAUAUAUUAUAUAAUACAUUAUAUAGACUGAAGUAAUAAUGGAGCAACAAGCUAUUAUCAAUGAGAUUUACAAUCUGCAAAAUAUAGGAGAGAUUAAAAAGGUAUUUCAAGAGGCUGAUACCGAUGGAGGUGGAGGAUUGGACAUAGAGGAAUUCUCUUAUGCAAUGAAAAGAAUAUUGGGUAAUGUGAGUGAGGAACAACUCACUACCCUCCACAUGAAGAUAGAUGCAAACUGUGAUGGGACUAUAGACAUUGGUGAAUUAACGUCCUUCUUCUUAGAACAAGGAGAUGCAUUAGAUUUUAAAAAUCAAAUAUUCCCAAAACCUUUUAAAAUUAUACCUGUGGAUUUGAAAAGAAAAACUGCUGCUCUGACAUUCUGUCCGUAUGGCGGGAUAUCAGAUGACACUCCACAGAAAGAAGGAGAAAUUUGGCCUUAUGUGACAGGUCAUUAUGUCUCCAUCAGCACAAACGGUAUACUCAAUGUCUGGAAUGACACAUUUCAAAGCAAAUGUACACUUGACUUGUGUAAAUUAUCAAAGAUGCUCCCUCAUUCACACAUGGCAAAAAUGUGUGUUACUGACAUGGUGUUCAUCCAAGAACUCAAACAACUGGCAGUCUCCACAACUGGCAGGCAGCUGUUAUUCUAUGACUACAAUGAGUUUCCUGAGGUUAAAGAUUUUCAUAUUGAUUAUGGUUUAACUGUUGACCACAGUGUGACCACCCUGAACUACUGGUCCAAUGGAACAAAAGGAAUAUUUUCCUUUGGAACUGAUGAAGGAUGUCUUCUGAUAUUAAUCUCACGCAAGAUAAAGCAGAAUGGUCUACUGAACAAAGAGUUGACAGAAAGCCCCUCUCUGCAGGAUUAUCCGACUUAUUAUGUUAGCAAAAUGCUUACAGCCUGUAACAAAGACCAUUGCUGUAUCAGAGUCUCAAUCUUUGAUAGUAGUUUCAAGCAGAUCCAUUACAUUCCAUCACUGGACUCAUUUGCCGUAUGUUCUCAAUCGGCUGAUAGAAUGGUUCUUGUUUCCCUGUCUAAGCAGUCAAACAAAAUCUCCAAAAAGUACCUGAAGAGUGAGGACGGUAAAAUGUUUUUCACCUCUGUUGCUUACUCGGAUUGGUCUAAAUGUCUGGUGACUGGUGGUAUAGAUGGUGUUUUGCGGGUGUGGAAUCCCCACAACUCACAGUUGUGUGUAAAGGAAUUAAAAGGACAUAUAAAACCCAUUACACACGUGAUGUUCAAUCCCAAGAAGAGACUAUUUCUAAGUUUGUCAGACGACAAACAAGUAUGUGCAUGGAGUGAUCUGAGCUGGCAGCUUUUGCAAACUUUUCAGGUUGAAGGCAUUGGAAAGAAAAAAAUUUCAGUUGCACAUUAUAACACACUUAACAAUGAGUUAGUUGUUGCAAACAUAAAUAUUGGAGCUUGUCUUGGCUAUGGCACAGAUGUUUUACAAAAUUCUUUAACAUCUCAUGAAAAGCCCCUGUGCAAUGCUCUCUAUCACAACAUUUUCAAACAGGUCGUCUCCGUAUGCCAAAAUGGUAUGGUGGCAGUGUGGGACAUCUUAACAGGAGAAGCUGUCAUGAAGUUCAAGGUCAGUCCAGAUAAGUAUGUGGGGCCCACUGCCAUCUCAUUUGAUGGAUCUAAGCGCAGACUAAUCACGGUUUCUGAGGGAGGGAUAGUGAAACUGUGGAACUUUAACAACGGAAAGGAGCUUGACGUUCUUCCAGUUACCGUGAAUAAGAAGGUGACGUGUAUUGUCUGCAUUAAAGAUAGGGUGUUUAUGUCUGGAAGGGACUCCAGGAUCAUAUAUGACCUGAAUGUGGAUGAAAAUGAUUACAGAUUUUUGGAGCAUGAGUAUUUAAAUGACGUUUCCUCAUUGGAUGUGCAUGACACCAAACUGAUUGCUGCCGCCAGCAAUGGAAAUAUUGUUAUCUGGGAAACUGAAACUUCACAUGCUUUCCUCUGCCUCAACAUCAAUAAGAGCCCUCAAACACAGAGCCUGGGCUUAAAUUAUCAAGGUCGUGUAGGUUUUGUGUGUGAAAUUAAGACAAACACUAGGUUGUGUACGAAUGAACAAAGCUCAAAAUCUGAUCAUAAAAUUAUAUCUCUGAAGACCCGGAUGGACACUCCUACUACAGCCACACUGCUAAGUUCGGCAAAUGGCUACAUCUAUGCCUGGUCUAUCCAUCCCAAAGGACAUAUAAUAGCAACAUUCAGGGCAAUAAAUGACGAAGGUGGCGUCAUUACUACUAUGGCUACUGAUGACACUGAGAAAAAAUUACUGACUGGGGAUAGUACCGGGCGCGUUUGUCUGUGGGACAUUGAGUGUUUUGGAUAUAAAACACAGACCAGCAAAGGGCCACACGAGAAUGCACCUCCUCUGUUGCAUUCAUGGCAAGCUCACCCCACAGGAAUUGUGCGUGUUAUGUGUGACCCUGCAUGUACAAAAAUAAUUACUGCAGGGUUGGACUGCAAUGUCCGGCAAUGGACAAACACAGGCUGCUACAUAGGCCUAUUUGGGAAAGACAAAUGGGAUGCUAUGCAAGUCAGCCCUGAGGGGAAUGCUGACCAGGUGCAGGAAAUGGAACCACCAGACACACUAGACAAACCAGACUCACCAGAGAUAACAGAAACAUACCAUGAGUCCUACUAUAUCCCAGUCGAUCUAACCACUGAACUGUUAGAAGAGAAAUGCACAGUCAUGGAAGCCUUUUCUAAGAGAGCACAACACCUGAUUCAAUCUACUGAUGUGUGCUUGCAGAAGCAGCACAGAAAUACUCAGAAUCAGUUCAGGCCACACCCCCCUCAGACCCCACGUCUCAGAGAUGGCACUGAGCAUGAACAUGGACAAAGCUCUCCUCCGAACUACACUAGGAAAACUAGAUUUGGACGUGUAUAUAGGAACCCGCAGGCAGAUACUCUAGAAGGUGGUACCCUUAAACCAAACACCCUGCCAGGCAAGCAGGGGCCUGAACAAACAUCAAACCAUGUACGCUUUCCACCCAUUUCACAUAAAGUUCAGCUGACAGGUCAUCAAACCCAGUUGGAACCAUUGCCACCACGGAUCUCACGCACUAUGGGUGGCACUGAUAUGAAGAGCUCGCUGCACAUGCAGCAAUCUGUUGGUGCAGUGAAGCAGGAGCAGUCCACACAUAGUCAAACUCAGUUCAAGCCACACCCCCCUCAGACCCCACGUCUCAGAGAUGGCACUGAGCAUGAACAUGGACAAAGCUCUCCUCUGAACCACACUAAGAAAACUAGAUUUGGACGUGUAUAUAGGAACCCGCAGGCAGAUACUCUAGAAGGUGGUACCCUUAAACCAAACACCCUGCCAGACAAGCAGGGGCCUAAACAAACAUCAAACCAUGUACGCUUUCCAUCCAUUUCACAUAAAGUUCAGCUGACAGGUCAUCAAACCCAGUUGGAACCAUUGACACCACGGAUCUCACGCACCAUGAGUGGCACUGAUAUGAAGAGCUCGCUGCACAUGCAGCAAUCUGUUGGUGCAGUGAAGCAGGAGCAGUCCACACAUAGUCAAACUAGGUUCAAGCCACAUCCCCCUCAGACCCCACAUCUCAGAGAUGGCACUGAGCAUGAACAUGGACAAAGCUCUCCUCUGAACAACACUAAGAAAACUAGAUUUGGACAUGUAUAUAGGAACCCGCAGGCAGAUACUCUAGAAGGUGGUACCCUUAAACCAAACACCCUGCCAGGCAAGCAGAGGUCAGAGCAAACAUCAAAGCAUGUACAUCAAAGCUAUGUAUGCUCUGUUAAGAAUCAGGUCUAAAUAUGAGUGUUUGUAAUGGUUUACUCCGGGUGCUCCGGUUUCUCCAACAAACUCUUUAUGAAUUUUAAUAAAAAAAAAAAAAAAAAAAAAAAAAUCCCUCCCUUGGCCCCAGACCCAGCUCAUCAUACUAAGACCACCAAUUUGAAUCACAAAGUUUAGCCAUCACUUUCUCCAUGUAUGAAUGCCAAAUACUGCAUGUUGUGAAUAAGGUCCGAAGUAUGUAUGUUUGUAAUGGUUUACUCCGGGUGCUCCGGUUUCUCCUAAAAACUCUUUACGAAUUGAAUAAAAAAAAUAAAAAAAA